AUGACGCUCCGAGCCGUCGGCGCGCGCUCGGCCGCGCUGCUGUGCGCCGCCCUCUGCCUGCUGGUGGCGCGGCCCGCCCUCGCCUACGGCACCUGCAGCGGCAAGAAGAUGAUCCGGAGCGGCGGCCUGUCGUGCGAGGACCGCCAGCAGAUCCUGGACUGGCACAACCGCCUGCGCCAGCAGGUGGCGCUGGGGCAGGUGCGGGGACAGCCCAGCGCCGCCAACAUGAAGGAGAUGGUUUGGGACGAAUCCCUGGCGGCCGUGGCGCAGAGGUGGGCAGACCAGUGCACUGUAGCCCACGACCACGCGCGCGACGACGGGCGGUUCCCCGUGGGACAGAAUCUUGCCGCUACCUGGACCACACGCACCACAGUCACUCCGGAGCCAGAUUUCCAUAAGCACAUCGACGGCUGGUUCAACGAGGUGCGCAGCUACAACUACCAGACGAGCGGCUUCUCGGCAGCCACCGGCCACUACUCGCAGCUGGUGUGGGGCGACACUCAUCUCGUCGGAUGUGGAUAUUCCUUCUACUACGAUCGCUCGAAGGGCUACACGAAACUGUACGUGUGCAACUACGGACCCGGGGGAAAUGUUCUUGGGGAGAAACCUUAUAAAGAUGGCUACCCAUCCUGCACAUCAUAUGGAAUGAAAGGAUCCCAAAAAUAUCAAGGACUAUGUGAAGUGAAUGGAUAUCAGUCCCUGGGACCAUCGUGUGGCCACUACCAUAAUUACGUCAAGCAAAAUCCGCAAUACUCUGGAUAUACAAGUUACUAUGGAAAAUAAAUACAUCAUCUUAAAAGUCAUAAAAUAUAUUCCGUUCUCAAAUUCUUUUCAAUGUAUUCAGAGCCUUAAACUUUAAAUUCCCAUGCCCCUGUAUCAGGGGUUUUAUUACUUGUUUUAUAAUCUUAAACAAUCUAUAAUUUAGUCAUUUUCAUCUUGUUUUAAGGGUAGCAAAUCAGCGCCUGCACACACUUAAGUUAUUUUUGUGUUCAUUAAUUUUUAGUCGUACUCUUCACCAUCAUUACCAUUGUGUAGUUGAAUCAUUAAAUGAAUUUAAACACCAACUUGAAAUUUCUUUCCCUUUCUUCACAUAUUGAUUCAGGUACAUUUUAAUAAAAGAAAAUCAAAUAAUUUUCUUAAAAGAAAAAAAGUAAAGAUUGAUAAAUGACAAUCUAUAAUGGAUGAAAUUUAGAUAUAUUUUAAGUAAGUUGUGACUUGCAAGACAGUUUGAGUGUCAACUGCAAAAUCUUGCCUUUCAAGUGAAUAGUGAGAAGAGAGAAGAAGAAGAGUCUAUUUUCUGUAUGCUAUAAGCAUAUUUUCAAUCUCAAGGCAAAUACUGAACUUGAAGUGAAUAUUUAUUUGUAGUAAAAGUUGGUUAUUUAGUUGAUUUUUCAAAACCAGACUGAAAAAUAUUUAGAAUUUAUUAGCAUGUAAUGCAUUUUUUUAAUGAGUUUAAGUGAACUAUGUAAACUGUUUUACACAAUAUUGCUCAUUUACUAUAACAUUUUUAAACAAUCAAAUAAUGUGAUGUAUAAAUGUAUGAAUUUUUAAAUAUAGCAAAUAUUGCUUC